GAGUUCUCGAAAAAAUCACUGAGUUUUAAAAAGUUUAUAAAGAUCAUUCAAUCUAGGAACUCCGCCUUUGAUAUUUGAAAAGGAACUAUCGUUUAUAGAAAUGAUGCACAUACACUUUCUCAGUCCAUUAAUUGAAACUUUCUACACUUAUUGAUUCAUGAGCUUGCUGAAGUCAGAUAGUCAACCACCUGAAACCAGAUCAAUGGAAGAUAUAAUUCUGGAACCCUAUACUUACUUGACCUCACAUCCUGGGAAGGACAUACGCUCAAAACUGAUAUCAGCGUUCGAUUUAUGGUUAAAAGUGCCCAAAGACAUCUUGAAUGUCAUUAAUAAAGUAAUUGGCAUGCUUCAUAAUGCAAGUUUAAUGAUAGACGAUGUUCAGGAUGAUUCCGAUUUGAGACGUGGUGUUCCAGUUGCUCAUCAUAUUUAUGGAGUUCCUCAAACUAUUAAUACUGCCAAUUACGUUAUUUUUCUGGCUUUGCAAGAAGUGAUGAAGUUGAACAAUCCGAAAAUGAUGCAAAUUUGUACGGAGGAACUAAUAAAUCUACACCGAGGACAAGGUAUAGAGUUGUACUGGAGAGAUAGCUUGACUUGUCCAACAGAAGAGGAAUAUAUUGAUAUGGUGAACAAUAAGACGAGUGGGUUACUCAGAUUAGGUGUGAGAUUAAUGCAGGCAGCCAGUGAAAGUGAUGUGGAUUAUACACCUUUGACCAAUAUUAUCGGAAUUCAUUUUCAAGUGCGUGAUGAUUAUAUGAACCUUCAAUCUGAUACAUAUACCAACAAUAAGGGCUUUUGUGAAGAUCUGACAGAAGGCAAAUUUUCAUUUCCCAUUAUCCAUGCUAUCCGCAAAGACCUUUCCAAUAGACAACUAUUGAACAUCAUUAGCCAAAAGCCGACCUCGAUUGAAGUUAAGAAAUAUGCAUUGGAAGUAAUUCAGAAGGCAGGAAGUUUUGAAUAUGUACGUGGUUAUUUGCAUCAAAAAGAAGUGGAAGCGUUGAAUGAAAUUAAGCGUUUAGGAGGAAAUCCAUUACUGGAGAAAUAUAUCGAAAUGAUAAGAGUGCCGAAGCCAUAACAAGUGCACUAAUAUAUUCAUUGUUAAUACCCUCUAUACCUGCCAUUUACUUUAUAUAAUAAAAAACAUUUGUUUAAUAAGUGUGUAGUUUUAUUCACAUAAA